AUGGUGCAAGUGUCGCCGACCAUGACUCUGGUGGAUCUGACCAUCAACGGACUGGCGCCGGGACAGUACUGGGCGACCGUGCGACAGGCGGGGGAUAUCUCGCAGGGCGCGACCUCGACCGGUGGGAUCUGGGAAGCGCUGAAGUCGACGGUACUUGGGGCCGAGACGACGACGGCGACCAAGGAACCUCGCGGGAUCUUUGGACGGGUGGAUGUGGACGACAAGGGCCGCGGCAACGUGUUUCUGGACCGACCGGUGGCCAUCUGGGAGAUGAUUGGACGCAGUAUGGUGGUGUCGAAGACGAAGGAGGGACCGUUCCGCAUGGACGACGCGGAUACGCUGGUGGGAGUGAUCGCUCGCAGCGCGGGCGUGUGGGAUAACGACAAGAUGGUGUGCUCCUGCUCGGGAAAGAAUGUGUGGCAGGAGCGCCAGGAACAGGUAGCCCAGGGCAUGGCGUAA